AUGAAUUACUCCAAGCUCGCGUCACAUGCCACCACCACUACAAUCGCUCUGAGAAAAUCCUUCCUCUCUCACCGUUUUCUUGCCCGAAGCCUGCCUCAACGAUCUCUGGCCACCACCACCACCACCACUCCGACUUCGAUUACGUCUCCUCCAGCGCCUUCUUCUUUGAAUCGUCGGAUUAUAUUACCCUGCCGUCACACCACAUUGCCCUUGCGCGGACAACCUCAAAUUCGUUGCUCUUCUACUACCCCUCAAAGCAGCCAAGCCGAGAUGUCGCUCAAUACGAACUCGAAGAAGCACAAGGUGACCGUUAUCGGGUCCGGUAACUGGGGAACCGCAAUCUCGAAAAUCGUCGCCGAAAACGCCGCGGAGCACAGUGACAUUUUCCAUGAGACCGUCGAGAUGUGGGUGUUUGAAGAGAAGGUGGAAGUGCCGAAACGUGGCAUGCACUUUAAGUCUAGCAACCCCCUUUGCCAGGGCCCCCAGAAUUUGACGGAUGUGAUCAACGGGCUCCACGAGAAUGUCAAAUACCUUCCCGACAUCCCUCUCCCAACGAACCUCCAUGCCAACCCUUCAUUAGAAGAUGCGGUUAGAGAUUCUUCGAUCUUGAUCUUCAACGUCCCACAUCAAUUCAUCAUCCGAAUCUGCGAUCAGCUCCAGGGCAAGAUCCUCCCCUACGCUCGUGGUAUCUCUUGCAUUAAGGGUGUGGAUGUAACGGAAGAGGGAGUUAGUCUCUUCUCCGAGACAAUUGGCAAGAAGCUUGGGAUUUACUGCGGUUCUCUUUCGGGUGCCAAUAUUGCAAACGAAGUAGCUAAGGAGCUCUGGUGCGAAACUACGAUUGGUUAUGACCCUCCUCACCUUGACUCCAAGGCACCGACCCCUACUGAAGGCUCGCCCUCUCAAUCACAGGAGGACCUUUCCUUCGAACACAAGGACUCCUCUGGACAGUACUCAAAAGUAAAACUUCGCCCUCUGCCUAACGACUACCCUCCCAUCGAUCACGGUCUUCUCAAGGCAUUGUUCCACCGUCCUUACUUCCACGUGCGUCUUGUCAGCGAUGUCGCCGGUGUCGCCCUUGGAGGUGCCCUCAAGAACAUCAUUGCGGUUGCUGCUGGUUUUGUCGAUGGCUUGGGCUGGGGCGACAACGCCAAGGCUGCAGUCAUGCGUGUGGGACUGUUGGAGAUGGUCAAGUUUGGAUCUCAAUUCUUUGCCAACUCAAUCGAUACAAAGACGUUUACCGAAGAAAGUGCUGGUGUUGCGGACCUCAUCACCAGUUGUAGCGGUGGGCGCAACUUCCGUUGCGCGAAGCUCAGUGUCCAGCGAGGCGCACCCAUUGAGGAGAUUGAACGGCAAGAGCUCAACGGCCAGAAGCUCCAGGGUACGUUGACAGCUGCUGAGGUCAACAAAUUUCUGAAGAACCAGGGCGUGGAGAAGGAUUAUCCUCUAUUUACCGCAGUUUACCGCAUUCUACAAGGCCAAAUGAGAGUUGAGGACCUUCCUUCGUUCAUUGAGCCCAAACUUUAA